AUGUCAAAAGACACAAGUUCAUUCUCCGUUUCGGCAGCAAAAGCUCUCUUCGAAGCAGCCAAAAAGCCAGAAGUCCGGAACGCUGCAGUUGCAGCAGCCAAGAAUCCAUUCGUCAGACAAACGGCAAAAAAUGUUGCCCAAGAUGAGAAAGCACGUGGUGCUGUGUUGAAUGCAGUCAAGGAUCCAUCAGGUGGAAAUAAGAUUUCUGCUGCUUUUGCAGUAGCAGACGCCAAUCGGAACAAUCCACCACCACCACCUGCACAUAGAUCUGGAGCAUCUGGAGGUGCUGCUCCUGGAAAACUAUCCGGUGCUCAUUCGGCGAUUCGAUCACAAUUGGAAAAUCUUCAUUUGGGUGGUUCCACAAGUAACGUCAUCACACCUUCAUCCACAUCUCCAUCCUACCAAUCCAAUGCCACGUCAUCAUCUUCCUAUCAAUCCUCAUACACUUCUGCCACAUCAUCAGCUCCUCCGCCUCCACCAGUACCACGUCACACCAAAACAACGACUCCAAGCUUCUCGAAUCCAGUCAUCAGUACUCCUCAUGCUAUUGCAAAAUUCGAUUAUCAACCAACGCAAUCGGAUGAAAUGGCUCUUCGCGUUGGGGAUACUGUACUUUUGUCGAAAAAAGUGGAUGCAGAAUGGUUCUAUGGAGAAAACCAGAAUUCUCGUACGUAUGGAAUCGUUCCAUCUUCAUAUUUGGAUAUCAAAAUUCCAUUGAAAGAAGCGUUUUCGGCUCCGCCUCCUAGACCUGCUGCUCCAUCUGGAUCAACGUCUUCUGGAACGAAUGCAACGGCAAUUUAUGAUUAUAAUUCUACGGAAUAUGGAGAUUUGAAUUUCACCGCUGGAACCCAAAUCACCGUAACCGCCCGUGUAAAUGAGGAGUGGCUCGAAGGAGAAUGUUUCGGACGUUCUGGAAUCUUUCCAGUUCAAUUUGUCGACUGCCCAAACCUUUAUCAAGUUCCAAUGAAACAACAAAAUCCACCCUCGACAUCAUUUUCUCAGCCAAUUCAUAUCAAUAAUGGAUCCUCCAAACAAUCAGUUACCGUAUCCUAUGACUACGAUUCUGGCGUCUCUUCCGAUCUUCGUCUAUUCGCUGGUGAUGUCAUAACAGUUUUAGAAGACGUUGAUUCUCAGUGGCUGUUUGCUGAAUGUCGUGGAAGUCAGGGAAUGGUGCCAAAGAAUUUCCUUGGUCCACCAUAUGGUACAUCUCCAAAAAAAUCUCCAAGAGGAAUCGCUGAAAUCGCAUCUGCGUUCUCUCCGAAGAAGGCAGUUGCAAUUGGAGAUUAUCAUUCAGAAGACCCAAAACAUCUUUAUGUGUCACGUGGCGAUCAAUUAUUGAUUGUUGAAGACGUUGAUGAAUACUAUUUCAAGGGAAAAUUGGAGGCUUUCAAGACAUUGCCAGCUGGGAUUCUUCCAAAGAAUAUUGUCAAAUUGGAGGUCUAA